AUCUUAAAACUAGAAAACAGUUUGGUUUUGGAUGCAUUGAACCCGGACGGGAAGAUCAACAAUACUAACCGCGUUCAUGGCGGCGAUAUUCGAUUUCAGUCUCCGAAGACCUUAGUUCAUCUCUGCCGUCCAUCCAAGUUGUUUUGUUGUUGUCUGGUUACAAUGAGUAAGAUAGAUGAUGACGAGGGGGCAGGGCCGAGUUCAUCUCAUAGUAUAGACAUUAGUGCUAAUUCGGGCAGGCGUUCGGAUAGCUUGCCAUAUGUUCACAAGGUGGGAGUGCCUCCUAAGCAGAGCUGGUUCGAUGAAUUCAAAGCAACUGUUAAGGAGACCUUCUUCCACGACGACCCUUUGCGCCAAUUUAAGGAUCAGUCCUUGCUGAAGAAGUUGUUCCUAGGAAUCCAAGCGGUUUUCCCCAUUCUUGAAUGGGGGAGAAGCUACAAUCUUUCGAAGUUGAAAGACGAUCUCAUUGCCGGACUCACCAUUGCUAGCCUGUGCAUUCCGCAGGACAUUGGGUACGCAAAACUCGCGAAUUUGGAUCCUCAGUUUGGGCUUUAUAGUAGCUUCGUCCCACCAUUGAUAUAUGCAUUUAUGGGUAGUUCGAGAGAUAUCGCCAUUGGGCCAGUGGCGGUGGUGUCUCUGUUGCUGGGAAACAUGUUACAGAAUGAAAUUGAUCCCGCUAAACAGAAGUUGGAGUAUCAACGCCUCGCUUUCACUGCUACAUUCUUUGCUGGGAUUACUCAGUUCGUGCUCGGUUUCUUCAGAUUGGGUUUCUUGAUCGAUUUUCUAUCUCAUGCUGCUAUCGUUGGCUUCAUGGGUGGUGCAGGCAUAACCAUCGCCCUUCAACAGCUCAAAGGCCUUCUUGGCAUAAAGAAGUUCACCAAGAAAACCGAUCUUAUAUCUGUGAUGAAAUCGGUGUGGGGUUCAGUUCAUCACGGGUGGAACUGGCAGACUAUAGUAAUAGGAGUCACUUUCUUGGCUUUCCUUCUCGCUGCCAAGUACAUCGGGAAGAAGAGCAAGAAGUUUUUCUGGGUGCCUGCAAUUGCUCCAUUAAUCUCGGUUAUCAUCUCAACGUUCUCUGUCUACAUCACACACGCUGAAAAGCAUGGCGUCAAGAUUGUUAAUCAUAUUGAGAAGGGCAUCAAUCCCUCGUCUGUCAAUAAAUUGUAUUUCUCGGGUGAUUACCUCGCUAAAGGGUUCAGGAUUGGAGCGAUUGCUGGUAUGGUUGCAUUGACAGAAGCCACAGCCAUUGGAAGAACGUUUGCAGCAAUGAAGGAUUACCAGAUAGACGGGAACAAAGAAAUGGUAGCGUUAGGGACGAUGAACGUAGUAGGCUCGUUAACAUCUUGCUAUAUAGCCACAGGAUCGUUUUCGCGGUCUGCAGUGAACUAUAUGGCGGGAUGCCACACCGCGGUGUCUAACAUUGUGAUGUCACUUGUCGUGCUCUUGACACUGGAACUAAUCACCCCACUGUUCAAAUACACCCCAAAUGCCAUCUUGGCCUCCAUCAUCAUAUCUGCAGUUGCUGGGAUUAUUGACAUUCCUGCAAUGGUGCUCAUAUGGAAGAUUGAUAAGUUUGAUUUCGUCGCAUGUAUGGGCGCCUUUCUGGGCGUCCUCUUCCACUCGGUCGAAAUAGGCCUCUUGAUUGCAGUAGCCAUUUCCUUUGCGAAAAUCCUUCUCCAAGUUACAAGGCCACGGAUCGCAGUCCUCGGAAGGAUUCCUAGGACUAAUGUUUACAGGAACAUACAGCAGUAUCCUGAUGCAACAAGGAUUCCUGGGAUUCUGAUUGUUAGAAUAGAUUCUGCAAUAUACUUCUCCAAUUCCAAUUAUGCAAGGGACAGGAUACUAAGAUGGUUGUCUGAUGAAGAAGAGAAGCUGAAAGAAAUCAACAGUUUAUUAAGAGUCCAAUAUUUGAUAGUUGAAAUGUCACCUGUUACUGAUAUAGACACCAGUGGCAUCCAUGCCUUUGAAGAUUUGUACAAGUCUCUUCAAAAGAGAAAUAUUCAGCUUGUUCUAGCAAAUCCAGGGCCAGCUGUGAUGGCAAAACUCCAUGCAUCUAAUCUUGCAAGCAUGAUCGGAGAAGACAGGAUUUUCCUCAGAAUUUCCGACGCCGUUUUAACGUUUGCGGCCAGGAUAGACCCUGAGAAUGACCAAUCUUGAAAUUCCGGUCACCGGAAAAAGUUAAAGAAGACAACACUAUUAUACAGCUGGCGUAUAUAAUAUAUACCAAUCAAUUUAUUUCUAUAUCUAGAAAUCAAUGCCUUUAUUUGAAGUUGUUUUUUUUUUGGAAAUAAUGAAGUUGUUUAAUUACUAACUUCAUAAGAGUUUGGUUUUAUUGAUGUGAGAGAUUCAAACGUUUGUGUUAUGCGAGUAGCGACGAUGUUAGCUGGUUCUUUUAUAGUUGUUGGUUUA